AUGAAGCUCAUCAAUCUCGCCUUUUUCAUCCUUCCAUUCUUCACCGCAGUAUCUGCUGUUGCGGUUGCGGAACCUGCUGCCCCUGCCUUCGAAUUCAAAGUCAAGAAAGAUGCAGAUGUUGCCAGCACUGUAGAAGUCCGCCGCGAAUUCGCGGAGGAAGGCAAUCUCCAAAAGCGAGCUUGCACAAACAACGGCUGCACUUGCGCCAAGGGCUCUGCACAGGGGCAGUACUGCGGAUACUGUAAUGCCGUCACCGGCAAGGGGAGUGCUUCCUUGUGGGAGCUGGAGUUCGCAGUCGCCAGCACCCAUCUUAACAACAACGACCCCCAUCCCGACCACCCAGGCCGCAUCCACUUUGCCCGGUCGGAUCAGUGCCGUCUCACUCCAGACUCGGAACAGCGUGCCAGAGUCCAUGAAGCCAUUUAUGUCGCUUUGCACUCUGCCGGUCUUCCGAUGGGACCCCAGCCAAUCUGCGAUUACAUGUCCUGGUUCGUAACCGAUGAUCUUACCAUCGAUCCUCCACACAGAAAUGCGCCGUGCAACAGCCCAGUCUACCGCUGGCACUCCGCUGAAGUUAUCUUGCCGGCACUGUACUUUCGUCCCGAGUCACUGACCCAAAUCCGCGUAGCCUGCGCAACUAUCUCCACUGAGUUCCGUGUGGCAGCCACAAGAACUACAGGAUUACAUGUCCACGUCGGAGAUGGCGCCGAUGGAUUCAGUCACAGUACGGUCCGAAACCUCAUAACUCUACUCUGGGGGUUUGAGCCACAGCUGCAGACGCUAUUUCCUCCUCACCGCCACAGCCAAACUUGGUGUAUGCCCUUGCGUGUCGACUCGAUGUACGCAUGGCGUCAUCCUGACUGGACCAUUGCCACCUUUCUUGAGGACAUGUUCAGUUCUAAGUUUGGGACCGUUGGAGCGCUCGUGCGCGCAUUUGAAGUGUUCGGUGGAGAUCGGUGUGCUGUUGAAUUCUCUAACCUAGAUGACCCUAUGGUCGCCAUCAAGCAGACGAUCGAGUUCAGGGCUCAUCCUGGGACGCUAGAUGGGGACGAUGUGAUCAUGUGGGUGAAAACUGUGGUAGGGCUUGUACAGUGGGCUCGAGAAGCUGAUUCGAGCCAGCUUAUGUCCCUAAUGGCGUACGCUGAGGCAGGAAAUGGUGAGUUUAGUAUUACAAGCUUGCUGAAGAUGCUGGGUUUACCUGAGCAGGUGGAGUUUUACAAGGGAAAAUUGCAUCCGCUUAUAGUGGCGGCAGAGAAUGCUGGGAGAGAAUACGAGAUUCAAGAUCUCGCAAGGCCAAGAACGGACGUCUUGGAAGAGUUUGGAAUUGGUGCAGAUGGGGUAGCGACAAGGGAUAAUUGGACGGAGGAUCUGAUUUUCGAUCCAUACUGCUGA